UUAACAUGAGUUCUAAAGUGCAAAUCCUCGAGAUUCAAAAUCUCGAUUUGGAUCUCUAUCGAUUGCUCCGGUCUUUUGGGAUGUCCGAUGAGGGCAUAACCAUUGUUAUGGAUAGCAAAUACGACAUAGAAAGUUUGAAGCAUGUUGAUCGCCAUAAACUGGAAGAUUUGUUGCCGUCACCGUACGAUUUAGAUCGGGUAAAAUGCAUUAAGGGUCUGAACCGAUGGAGAAUUUCCCAGGAAUUGACACCAUUCUCACAAAAUGACAACAAAUCGCAUGAGGAUACCGAGAGUACAGGAGCUUUCCUCGCAACAGAUGGUUCUCCAAUCCUAAAACAAACAAAAUUCAACUAUUCGAAAAAUUUAAGUGUCUUGGAAUACAUCGAAUUGGACUUGGAGGCAUCUGGAACUCCAGUCGACGAGGUAUCGGUCGAUCUCAUACCAGGAUCAUCAGUAAUAAAAAAAUCGCUGUACACAUGGUUUCGCCCAACGUUCGAAGUCAAAGCAGAUGGAACGAAACGACAUAUAGGGAAGUAUGCUAAAGGAACUCUAUACGAUCGCAACGUGAACUAUAAACCCAUUGCUACUCAGAAUCGUCGUUUGAAUAUCAUCAAACCCGUCGAACCAGUCGUCAUUUGUAGAAGGGUUUUUACUCCAGCUAUAAAGGAGGCAUACAAAGAAACCAAAUUACGGUUUCGCCACCACGAAGAAGACUGGGAACAGCUCAAAACUAGAUGGAUUAGCUCCAGUGACAUACGAACUUAUGAAAUAUUAAACAAACCUGAAAGAACCAUCGAAGAUAUUUUAUACGAAUAUCCCAUUUUGAGGAAUCCACAAGCUUAUGGAUUAAUUCAAAUUGAUUUUCAAUUUCGAUUUCCCAACAAAGAAGAAUUAUUGUUUCAGACGUGGCCUGGUAUAAUAAAAAAACUGUAUUCAGUAUUCGAAGUUGACGUCCUCGAUAAUGGAGGUAAAAGCCUUCUAAGGAUUCUCGAAAAGGAAACUAUCAGCGAUGUUUUUACAGACAGUCGUGAUUGCAUCAUUUUCACGCUUCUAACAUAGGGGAGAGGAAGGCUAUAUGCGCAUAUUAAGGAAAGCACUCAUUUUCUCCUAUACUCCAAAAGAUAGGAGUCUGAAAACUAUAUGCACAUGAGCGGACAUCUGUUUUAUAUACGUUAGUGAAAUUUUUCUGUUAAAAUCUCUUACAGUUUUUGUGAAAAUAAUUUUAUAAUAAAAGAAGUCAAAAUAGCCGAUUUCCGAAAACGGCGGGUUAAAUGCGCAUAUUUAUGUUUUUAGCUAUAU